AUGGGGCCUAGGGUGAAUGCUUAUGAGAGUACGGUAGCCUCAAGGUUGAGAGACUUCGUGAGGAUGAAUCCUCCUAUCUUUUUGGGCUCUAGAAUUGGAGAAGAUCCCCAAGGAUUCUUGGAUGAGAUUUACAAAAUUGUGGAUGCUAUGAGAGUAUCUUCUAGAGAGAAAGCGGAAUUGGCUUCAUACCAAUUGAAAGAGGUGGCCCAAAUUUGGUACACUCAAUGGAAGGCAAAUAGGCCAGAGGAAGCGGGUCCUAUAGAAUGGGAGGAGUUUAAGGAAGCAUUCUUGGGUAAGUACUUUCCCCUAGAGAAGAGGGAGUGCAAAAUUGAGGAGUUCAUUAAUCUUAGGCAAGAUUUUUCAAGUGCUCCCAAGGUUAACCAAGAGAAAGGUGGUGGAUCUCAAUUUGUUAAGCCUACUUGUCCCAUUUGUGGAAAGAAGCAUUUUGGGAAAUGUCUAGCCGGUACUAAUGGGUGCUAUGGUUGUGGAAAGAAUGAUCACAAGGUGAGAGAUUGUCCUAAUAUUGUGGCUAAAGGAAGGAAUGCUAGGCAAGCUCCUUAUAGUGGUCCUAGUGUUGAUGGCCAAGCAAGGAAUCGUUUCUAUGCUCUCCAAGCUAACAAGGAAGCAAAUCCGGAUAAAGGUACCGGUGGAAAGCAAACCAUCGAUCAUCCUAUGCCUACAGUAGUGGAAAGUUCUAAGGAACUCGAAGAUACUGGAGUUGAAGAAGUGGAGAAACCCAAAGAUCAAGUCGGGAAAGAAGAUAAAGCCACAUAA